AUGGCGUAUGCUCAGAGCCAGUUGACCAAGUUGCAUCGAUCGGUCAAGAGAGGGAGCUAUGACAAGGAACUGGUGGCCAAGAUCCUGGAUGCCGGGGUGGUUGCGCAUGUGGCCUUCGUGGACGCAGAGGGCCACCCCAAGGUGAGUCCGAUGAUCUACGGCCGUGCGGGCGAUGCCCUGUACCUCCAUGGUCACCUGAGCGCUGGGCUCUUGCGGAAUGGUAGCAUUGACGUUUGUUUUUGCAUGACUCUGGAGGAUGGCUUGGUGCUUGCGCGUUCAGGCAUGCACUCCAGCAUGAACUACCGCUGUGUGAUGGUCCACGGCAAGGAGUUGGAGGGCGACGCGAAGUGGAAAGCGCUGGACCUCAUCGUGGACCACUCAGCAGGUGAGGGCUGGGCGUCGCAGCUGCGGCCGAUGACCAGCGCAGAGGUGCAAAGCACGCGAGUUCUGAAGUUGAAGUUGGAGGAUGGGAAGGUCAGUGCAAAGGUCCGCGCGGAAGGUGCAAAUGACGACAAGGAGGACAUUGAGAACCUGAACCUUUGGGCUGGCAUCAUCCCCAUCACCCGCGUCUAUGGCCCGCCGGUGAACAACCACGACUCCUCGUUGAGGCCACCUGAGCAGAUGCUGAGGUAUCCCAAGUAUCGUUCGGGGCGACCGCACUGUGCGAAGGGCACGGAGGGCGAGGGCGCACGGCGCCUGGUGGAAGUGGCCACGAUCUUUGGGCUUGGGCUGGCGCUGGGACUCUGGUCCAAGCGACUUUGGGCGUGA